CCGCCUCUUUUCUUCCUUUCUCGCUUCUUGUCCAGCUUUGCUCCGUUUGUUCGACCCUACCUAUACGACGCUGCGGCCCAUCGUCUAUCCGUGCGGCUAUGGGCGUCGAUCUCUCGCAAUAGGCAGGCUGGUUUCGUCGAGGUAGCUGGGCAUGCACUCGGCAUAGAAGUUCCAAUGCUCAUAUAGGAGUAGUUUUGUGCCGUCCCUGCGGCUUUGCCGCCUCCCAGCAUCAUGGGAAACUCGCCUUCCGCUGAGGCUUCGAGGAGGGGUCGACGGACAACUCAGAAGUUGUCUAAACCUCGGACGGGCAACCCGACGGCAGCUGGCCUGUUGAGCUCUAGUGGCCUCGCUGCUUCGGCGAGGCGCAUUUCCGGUCUCCCAGCGCCUUCGCCGGCAACCUCCUCACCAAAGUUUCUCGAAACGGAUCCCGCGAUAGGGGCGAACCCGUUGGAUAGCAAGAAAGAGCCACAGUCCAGGCCACAGUCCAGGGCUCGUUCGCUGAGGCGGAUAUUCCGGUCUAACACAUCUAAAGAGGCUCGCGGCCGCCAACAGAGAUGUGAUAACACUGUGGUGUCGGAACCUCAGCAUGGGCGUUGGUCAAGUAGGGCGAGUUCGUUAAGAGAUGGGCCUGAGGUGACUUACAAUUACGGCCAAGCCCACACACAAGGGAGCUCGUCGGCGAAUGCAUCGCGAACCUCGGUGAAUUAUGACUUAUCAUCGUACGAAGCUCGGCGAUUGUUGAACUCCGUGGAAGCGCCGUCCCGCAGAAACAGUCUGAUGGUUUCCGAGGGCCAGUGGCAAGUCCCUGAAACCACGUACUCCGACUUCAGAAGCCGACACCUGUCGAUCGGCGAGGCCGCUCCGCCUAUAAGUCGAGCUAAUUCCGAGACAUCUCUAUAUACCCCGAUGCGGAGGCGGUCCUUGUUGACCCCUGGUAUUGCUACUCGCGAUACUCGGCCAGAUCCUAGCCCUCAAAUGCCGGAGAUCAGGUAUAGCGUUUCUUCAACUCCCGCCCGGCGAGAUUCCACGGACGCGGCAAGCAAGGGAAUGCCAAGUUUUCUUCCCAUGAUGCACUCAGACCCAGUACCCCGCGCUCUUACGCCGUGCGAGGCAGAAUACAGGCAAACGGGGGCCUUCAAGCACGGUACCCUUCGUAUCACGAACGGCAGCCCAACACGAAGCCCCGCACGUGGUUCUGACAACGACGAUAGGCGGACGAGGCUCGAGGACUUGACCCCAGGCAAGGCGUCGGACAGUUACUCUGGAGUCAAGCAUUUAGCCGCACGAAGUCGUAGCGAAAUCAAACCUUCUGGUACCACCGUGGAGAAAGUCGAGGUCCAAAAUUCCGGCCACUGUCAAAGUUCCGAUGCCUUGCCCCUCCCUAGACAAGGGUAUCGGGGCCAGUUUACAGAUGUGAUUGCUGCUAGCUCUUCUGUCUUGUCUGGGGCACCCUCUCCCCGCUUACCUGAACAUCACCCUACCGGUGCUCUUCAUAACGACUGGAGACCAGAACCUGCCCAAGUGCAGGUAGCUAGUAAGCGCACAGCUGUGGACGACAACUUGUUUGAUAUCGAGCAGGAUGAAUAUUCGUCCGUCGAAGUCUUGGACGUUCGAAUCGACCACAAUGCGAAAUCCCAGCCUCCGCGCCGAAAGCCAGUGUCAGAAGGGGGAGGGCCGACAGAAAUCACUAGGUCCGACAGUGGCGUCGCAAGUUCAACAUCCGAACUCUCACAGGUCCCUUUGUCGAAGGCAGAUUCGGGCUAUAGCUCUAGUGUGUCACUACGCUCAUUCUCUUUACGGCCUCCAGUCCCCGAGAAAGACCAUCCGAGCUUUUCGGAAGAGGUGGUCGCAAUUGAGGCUAUCAAGCAGAACGUUGGUAUUCGGGAUCUAAAUCCCGAGAGCCCCGCUGUAACGGCGCCGAACGCCGCAGUUCCAAGACCGUUCGAUCGGACGUCUCCUCCGCCUGUGCCGAAGAAAGACCCUCAUCUUACGGCUCUUGCUCCUUCGACGGCCACCCACGAAACUCCCUCCCUUCGACAGGAUUAUAGAGCGUGCAAACCGGAAGUUUCGAGCUACCAUCAGGCACCCGAAAGAACUCUAUCGGCAGUCAGCACGCGCGGGCAAGUUAAUGGCGAUGUUGAGCCCCGCCAAGCAUCACCACGUAACCUGCAUCCUUCACAUAGUCUCUCGGCUGUUGGAAGCGGCUAUCGCAAGCCCCGGAGGUUUCAGAGGCUACUGGGCGGCGCCCCGUUAUCGAUAGUUGUCCCGAAACCGGAAUUUACUAAGGACGGAGAUGUUACUACGCUCUCCCAAAACAUGCAAGUGAAGGUUGUUAAAGGGCAUGCGGAGAGGUUGUCAAUCUCGUAUAGAAGAUUGGCUCUGAAGUCUGCUGCGAGUAAGGAAACGCUUGGAACUAUUCUAAGUGUUGGGAGCGCAGAAAUGCUCCAGGAUGAAGAUAUGCUAGGGGCUCCGAAAGGUGUAGUAGACCAGCUGGUAGUCGCAGAUCGAAGCCAGGCGGGUCUGAUCCCAUCUGUGGAAUCCGCAAUUGCGCAGGGGGGUUCUGGCUCCUUCAUGAAGACGAUCACCCGGAAACCUGUACCUGCCCGCAGCAGAGCUCCCAGUGUAGAAGGAGAAUCCGCCGAGCAACCAAAACCUCUUGAGCAAAACCCCAGCGAGAGCUUCACCAUGAGAGGGCCGUCCCCCCAAAACGCAAGCUACGCUGGCAACGCUCCUAACAACCCCGUUGGUUCAGAAGGGAGAACCAGAUAUUCAGUGCCUGCUCGGUUGACCGGACCAGCCUAUGCGCCUGCGUAUACGGAACGUGGCGUCGAAUCAACAUAUCCUUUUACCGGACAUACCUCCGAAUGGCUCCCAACCAAAUCUCAGUCUAUGGCGCCGCUCGAACUUCCAUCAAGCGCCUUCGAUAUGAGGCUACCUCGAAGUCCUCCGCCGGUGAGCAUGAAGACUCGCAACAUCGGCCCUCUGCGAGUUCCUUCUCCUCUAAGGGCACACUCAACUCCACCAGAAACUUUACGGUUGGACUGGCCUUCAGUUUCUCGCAGAGAAAGCCGGGAGGGUGGUCUAGUCGGCGUCGAAGACGGUGACAGACCUUCUAUGGCCCAUCCUACCAUAUCUAGAAGGUCUAGCCGGGAAAGUUACCACGACUACGCGCCUGAUCGCGCUCAUUACGUAGAUGCGCCUUCUUAUGCGCUUCCACAGAAUAAACCUCAGCGUAGGAGCCUCGGGGCGGAUUUUAGAGAGAGCCGGGCGCCUAACUGGGAUGUCCAAACGGAUCACGACACUUCGCUUUGUCGGCGACUGUCAUCCAAUUAUAGUCGUCGAAGUUCGCUGGCCAGCCAAACCAGCCAGCGGAGUUCGGUCACGACUGGGCUAAACUUGCCCCGGCAGCAACGCUCGUAUGGCACUCACUCAUCCGUGUCACGCCGGGCAAGUUUCGAUGGCUACGACCUUCUAUCACAUGAUAGUUACAUCCGGGACAACGGCCCUUACCCUUCCAUGUCUCGCAACGGGCACGUCUACGUCACGGAUCCUUGGAGCGGUCGGCCUAUGCCACAGCCGUGGGAUCCGUCCCUUCAAUAUCCCCCACCGUAUGUUCCUCGAACUCACCAUCGACACCAAAGCCUAGAUCAACACGGAAAUCACGUACGCUAUCGUAUUCUGCACAGCUACAACUCGCCAGCAUAUCGGAACGCCCCGAUUUGGGGCUGAACUACAUGUUAACAUAGCUCGGAACACUCUCUAGGUCCUUCAUUCUUUUUUUUUUUGUAUGACGAAAAGAUUUCAUGGAAGUUUCCACUUACAUUUGUGAUACCCCACAUCUGAGGCGUUCUCUCCCCUGGCCGGACUCAUGGGAGCAUCACUGUGUGGAUGAAGAUGGUGUUCGUCAACGCAAGACGUUAAAAAAAUAUUUUGAAAGAGUACCAGAAGGU